AAUUGGUGCAAACUAAGGGAUACAUUAUCGCUCUUGUGGUUUCAAAAUGGCACGCCUUCCCGCGUUGAUAAAACCAGCUGCUUUGGGCAAUGUCGAGUUUGCUCGCUUAUGCCGUCGAACUACUUUCUUUCGACUGUUCUGAACAUAGUUAAUUGUAUGAUGAAGAGAAAAUUAGUAAAGAAUAGCAAUAACAUCAUAAUAUUUAGACAAAAUAAUGGAAAACAGAGGGGCCGAUCGGUCAUUUUGUUGUUGCAAACACCUAAAUACACUGUAGAAGGGCGGCUUGAGCGCCGACGAUAAAGGCCAUGCGGUUGUCACACACCGCUGGAGCGGCGUAGGGAAACAAGCAGUAACCUUAAUCACGCAAAACGGCAGCCAUCUUUGAUAUGGAUUUCAUGGGAUCAUUUCCCCUUCAUAUUAUGCGUUAAAAUUUGAUAAUUCAAAUUCUUGUACUACGCCAAUGGUGUGGGUACUCUUAGAGAGUGAUGUAUGAGGGCAAGCAUAUUCACUAUUCGGAAGUUGACAACAAACCGCUCUGCUCGUACAGUAUCAAAUUAUGUAAACAAAGGCGACUGAAAGGCUAUGCGUUUUGCAUACGCCAUGUGCUGGAGGACAAGUCUGCGCCGUUUAAACAGUGUGAAUUUGUGGCCAAGUACAACAACUCACGAUGCACUAAUCCUAUUCCGCAAGACCAAGAACGGAAAUAUUGUAACAGUCACAUGCAAGUUUUAGGCCUUGUGCCAAAAAGAGCGAAACAAAAGAAAAAUGUUGAGGGAACUGUCAAGAACGGAGACGGCAAAGAUGCGAAGGAUAGCAAAGAUGAAAUACCGAGUUACAUCAACAAAGCUGUGCCAAGCAAUCUUGGCGACAUGGACCUUAUCGAAAGUAUUAUCAACCGGCAAAAGAUACAAGAGGAAAAAAUUAAUAACGUUUCAUCCCCGGAGGCUGCGUUGCAUGUUAACUCAAUCGUAGCUCACCUUCUUUCACUCCCUCCAAAGAAACCGCUUGGAAAUUCCCAUACGGAUACACCUGCCGGUAGUACUGCAGAUAACGGCAAGACCAAAGUCAAAACAAAGUCACGGAAUAAAUCGGAUGUACGCAGUAAAGCUCAGGAAAAAUUUUAUGACAAAUUGGAACAGAAUAAAGUCCGUCUGCAUUUGCAAAGACAAAAAGAAAUUUUAGAGCGAGCAAAAAAAUUAAAACAACCGUCAAAGUCGUCACCUUUUUCCGCUAAACUUGAAACCCUGCCCCCAUUUCGGACGUUUCAGGAGCAACCAAAUACAAACUCACAGAGUAAUUUGUGCAGUUCUCUAUUAAAGGACGCAAAGCCCCAAAAUUCUAGCAAAUCAUUCCAUAUCACGCCUGCCUAUUUGCCACCCAAUGUGCCAAUAUUACAAGCAAGACCAAAACGACCGAGGCAGGUUUUUAUUGAGAAAACUGGUGUUGAAGAAGUAGAUAAAUUAAAGGAUAUAUACCGAGCAGAGGAGCAUAAGAAUCUUGAUCUCUUUCCGUUAGGGUUAGAAGACUCUGAUGAGGAAGAUUCUGAAACAGAAAGUGGCCAAGUGCCAACAUGUCAUAGAACAUCCCUGCCCUCAUCUGAUGAAGAAACAAAACGAACUAGCCCUGAAAUAUCACGAAGUGAAUUAUUAACGCAACGCAAGUCUCAGGUCCGUAAAAACUGCCUGUUAGCGUUGAGAUCAGAAACAUCGAAACGUGAACAAGCGUCGGAACGUGCAUCUUGCUUAGCCCUGGUGGAAGCGACAAGGCAACACGUAGCUGCAACAACAAAACUUCUUUUAGAAAUCAAGAACCAAUUACCAAAACGGGAAAAACACAGGAAAAUUUGUCAUGCUCCUGAUUGUUGUUAUAUUGAUGAAGAUGGGAAGGGAUGUGCGGAGAAAGGCUUGCCUUUUUCAACGCAUUGUUUCAAACAUGUCGUUGAGAAUGAGCAUCAGCAGCUAUUCUACCAGUGCACUGGGAUACAAUCUGAUUACACGCAGUGCAAGAAUACCGCAUAUAUCAUCGAUAAUGAAAGAGUCUUAUGUGAUUUUCAUGCAAGUGUUUUGAAAUGCCAGCCUAAACCCCGUAGGCCAAGAAAGAAAACAAAACCAUCUGCCUUAACGAGACCUUUCAAGAAGAAGAAAAAGAAGCAACAAAAAGUAACUCGUCCGCAGAAACCGGUUCCUCCAUUAGAACCUCUAGGGUUUGAAAUGCUGUCGUCGCUAAACCUUGGCAUAGAUCCGUCGCAGCUGAGCCCAGCUCCCGAUGGCAUUGAUGCCAGUGAUAUUUCAUUUAACCUUGAUGGCCACGCUGGCUUGCCACUUGACACGUCUGACCUCCAGAUAGACGUGGACGACAAAGACGAUUUCGCCAAUUUGUUACCAAAACUUCAAGCAGAUGAUUUAACAGAUAUUUUUGGUGUAAAAAUGUUUGGAGGUAAAAAUGGAGAUUUUUUACCAACCACCGAAGAACAGGAAGAACUAGAGCGUGCACUUCUCCAGGCUUCUAACGAAGUGAGCAAUGCUAAAGCAUCACUUGAUCAGUUCUCGUUUGCUAUGAUGUCCGAUCAGGAGAGUAAUUCAAGCCAAGACGAAGCGAUGAACCAAGGAGAUCCCAAUGAACUACCCAGUGACCUACAAGCUGCCGCUACCAGACUAAUGGAAGAUACGUUACGACAAAACUCCCUCAACGGACUUAAUACUAUGCAAAUUGCGAACUCGUUUUCAAGUAAUUCAUUUAGCCCCAACAGUCAAGGUACGCUGGCUACCACACAGGCCGCAUUUAAUCCUGUCCCAGGAAUGUUGACUGUACCAAGGCCCAUGAUAUCACCUGCCCAGGGUAAGGAUGAUUUAGUGGACACUACAUUGCUGACCAAUGGUCUGAAUCAAGCCAACACCAGUGCAAUGUUGAACUUACAAAGACAAUUCAGCACUGACCAGACAAUGUCACCGCACACAACCGUUUCUCCUCACCAGUUACUAAAUCAACAUACGACUCAGUUCGCUAAUCAGAUUUUACAUAGUCGGCCUAUAAACCAACCUCAGGCCACGCUACUCCCAGGUCAAAUGUCAGCCUCGCCACUGGAUGCCGCGGCGAGUCAGAUCCUCAUGCAGAACUUUCGAAUGCCAUGGAAUGCUUUAACAACUAACUCGUCUCUUGUGCAACCCACUUCACCGUUGCCAUUUAUAAAUCCUACUCGUGCAACUAUGCACACGGCAUUGCCGGGCUUCUCGCCAACAUUCCCAUCAAAAGUUUCAUUGGCGAGACAUUUACCUGACAUUCAGGAUCAACGGAUGUUUACUCCGCCCGCAGUGCCACAAAACACCGAUCAACCCCAAGCGAACUUUAUCAAUCCAAGUGUUAUUCCAAAUACGACACCUAUGGUAGCUUUGUCCAGUCCCAGUUUAGUGCCUCAUGUCUCUAAGCAAGGUGGCUCCUGACAUGCACAGCCAAUUGAUGGCCGUUAGUUCACAUAAUAAAUUUUUUUUGUAUGUUCUUCAAUAUACUGUAAAUCCAAGGAAUCUAUAUCAACUUUAAUUUCAAGAUCAACCAAAAAUCAGGGUGUGGCAUUACCAAACUUCUUAGAAAAAGAAAAUCUUAUGUAGUCCAUGAUUUUGCCUAUCUCGGAUUUUUUAUCAAUUGUACCAAGCAAAGAAAUUACAUAAAAAAUUGUGAUAAUGUACAGUAGUACAUUUUCUGUCUCAUCACUGCCUGAAAUCUGUGUGGGUUUCACACGUAAAAUGUUUUAGCUACAGCACUUAAGUAAAUGUUAAUGCUGACGUGGCUUGAUAAAUCAGCUCUAAUUUCACUUGGGACUACCAUAAUGUUUGUUGACUUAAGCAGUUUUCUAAUCCAAGUUUGAUAAAUCCAAACCCAUAGUAUCCUUUGGAUGAAUUGAUAUCUUGUUGUCUUGGACAUCAAUUAGGUACUCAACCCUGAGGGUAGGUGGAAAGUGGAAGUACAUGGUUAGUCUGACAUCAAACAUUAUUGCUGUAAAAUUGGGAAUAGGAUAAUAAUCCAAUUAUCAAGAUAGAUUAUAAACAUUUUUUAUUCAAAUUUCUGAGCGAUUUCUUCACUAUAAAUAAUUUGAACGCAAACAUUAAAAUAUACAUGCUAUAUUUUUCAAAAUGUCAUGCACUGAAAUGGCCAUUGUUGGGGUAUCUUAAGGUAAAGCUUCUAGUUUUAAGAAGCGAAUACGUUGCUUACAUUCUACUAUUCUUUUAACAACUCCACUGAUUUUACUCAGUAAAGCAAUGUUUAAUUGGGGUUUUUUGAUUCUCUGUUACUAUGAAACCAAACAGAUACCAUGCUUUCAAUACAUAGAUACAUUUUAUUCAAUACAUACUGUAGAUGCAUUUAACUUUAUUAAAUUUAACUUUAUUGAAUUAUCCCCAAGCAUGUGGCUAAAUCAAUUCUGACCGAUCUUUGAGUCAAAUUUUUUUUUCUUUUCACCAAGACACAUACGGUACUCAGUAAAAUGUAAAAAUAAUAAUCGGUUUAAUAAUCAAACUGUUUUUGUUACUUUCGAUUGAUCACUACAAUUUGCUUUGAAGAUUUUUUUCUAUAUAGAAUAACCUUAUAAAAUUAUAGUUCAUCUGUAAUUUAGGUGCUAUAUCACACUUACAGUCUAAUUAUUAUGCAGAUAGUUUGUCAUUUUUGAUAAUAUAUACUCUCCAAAUUUGUUAGGCUUGGUUUAAAUACACAGCUUACAGCAAAUUACCAUACAUCUUCAUUUCAUAUCUAUGUCCGGCCGUAAUCGAGUGAAACCCCUUUCUUAAGGCCUGUUUAUACUUGCAACAUUAACGUUGACGAUAAAAGCUAGAAGGCAAUUGUUCAUUUAGAAAAUGAAAGAAAUAAGAGAGAUGUUUACAUUAUGAGGAUGUAUACAAUAACAAAAUAUGAAUCGUCUUAGUGUAAAAACUUCUUAUUUCUUUUAUUUUCUAUAUGAUCAAUUGCUUUUUAGCUUUUUAUCGUUAUCGUUGCAAGUAUAAACAGGACUUUAUAGACCAAACCACUUUCUUCCCUUGCAACAAGUACCAUCAAAGUAAAGAAAUUCACCCAUUUACAUGCUGUAAAGAAUGCUUUAGCUUAGGGGCUUUGCAAAAUCUCUUCUGCUGAACCCCAACUAGGUGUCCCCAAAACCUUUGGCUCCCUGUAGACAAUCUUAGUUACAGGCCUAAGUGAAUUAUUUUGAUGAAAUGAAACACGUUUUCAAUUGAUGUAUGUUGCGGUUGUCUUCAGCUAAAGUCUUGCCAAGUAGCCUAUAUUUUAAUCCAUAAUUUUUUUAUUUAUUUAUUUUUUUAACCUUUUGAAUUAAAUUGAAAAGGACAGGAAUAUAUCAUAAUCAAAAAAGAAAACCUUGCUUAAAAAAUUGAGUAUUAGUUACCAGUUAAGACAAACAUAGAGAAUACAAAUAGCGGUAGUUCUUACUCAGUUUUUGUGAAAUAUAUUGCGUACAUAUGUAUAUCUUAUUUAUUUACUAGCAUCAUAAAGCAUUUAUAACAAUAAUCAAUAAUAUUGUUUGGAGUAAAAAUAGUGAACAGAUCUGAAUGAUGAUACACAGAACGAAUGAUAUUGGUUUUCCUAAUUAAUUAUUUUUCAACAUUACUGUAUUCUGCUUCAAUGGUGGUGCCAGUGGAGAAAUCAGAGGUGGCCAGGACCCCUAUAAGGGAGAGUGGGUUAGGGAGAAAAAACAAUUUGUGAAAGAGGAAAAAAAAAUUCUAUGUAAGUUUUUAUGGAAUAUGAGACUCUAAAAUUAAUUAAAUAUGCUUUCAACAAUGCUAAAUUAUUGGAUCUGUGUGCUUCACUCUCAGUUCCCACUCCAAUGGUUUUACGUCCCCCACCCUAUUGCCGUGGAUGGCUUGCCACCAUAUUCUGUAUUUUACCAGAUUUAUAACCCUCAUCCAUAAAAUAUUCUAACUGUACCUGAAACACACACCCAAUUUCUUAAAUCUACACUUUUCCCCCGAUUUUUUCACUAGUUUAUUUGGUGCUCUGUGUACAUUUUCUUGUCGUUUUAAAAUUAUAUACCUUGGUAUAGCAAUAAGCUCUUAGAUAGAAGUGACCACAGUGCCUAGUUGAUCAUACACUUCAGCUUUGCAUCAAUGCCUUCUAAGAAGAAUAAAUCACAUUACAUCAUUUCAUUAGUAGACAUUGAUAUAAUGCUUGGCUAUUAUUUACCUUCACAAUGACCUCAAACAGGGCCACUGGGGGGGAUUUCAGGACUCUGGGUUGAGAUGGGGCCAUGCCUAAAAAGUAUCUACAGCAGGGGCUUCAAUGGCAGUUGACAGAAUAUUUUCUGUUGUGGCCUCACAUGAUUUAUGUUUGUUCCACAUGCCUGUAUGGGUCGUAGGUCAUUCCCAGGCUGUGUCCCUGUGGAGUUUUCCUCUUUUAGUCCUCCACAUUUCUGGGUUGUAUUUUACCUGAAGGAACAUGUAAGAUUUAGAAUUCUUCAAAUAUUACAGUGUUAAUAUAUCAUCUGUUUGUUGGUUAAGGUAUGGAUUAUAUAUACACCACAAAGCAUGUUAUGCCAAGUAACCACUCUUGGAUCAAUACCAGUGGCAUCUCUAAGGGGUCGGUGGUCUUCCCCAAAAGAAAUUGCUUGCUUCCCCGGUCACUGCCCCUCCCCUCCCCCAUUGAAUAUGUUCGAAGCAAAAAGGCAAGCUCAGGUAGUCAAUUAAAUCACCUUAUUUUGCAACCUAGCUCCUCACAAUUUUCAAGCCCCGCGCUCCAAACUUCGCACCCCCACCCCAGAUAUGCCACUGAAUGUCGAGUGAGUUAUAUUAAGAAAAAUCUCAAAAGUAAUUUGCAAGAAAUUUCAUUAUAUAAAUUAUGAGCUAAAUUUCCUGUUAUACAUUAUUCCUACUACACAUCAGUUUGAUGUAGUGGGUUUAAUGAGGUGCAUAAUAUGUAUGUCACUCUUUGUUAUUUUGUAAUGCAAAGUGCAAAUUCGGCCAAUAGGUAGCAAUUACUGUACAUCUGUGAUUCUACCUAUCAUUUCAAUAGAAUAGUACUUUAUUGACGGAUUUAUUGUUCAAUUCGUAAAUAUAACUGAUUGAUUCUUUUAUACCCUUCAAAAUCUACCUUAAGAUUUUUUUUUUUAUGCAGUGUACACUGAUGAGAAAUGUAAAAACACUGACCUCAUAUUCUCCUGUCAUUCACUUUAUGAUAUUGAUAAUGAGUAGGCCUAAUGUUUUGUUUUUUAUAUAAAAAUUUGCAUAUCAAUAUUAAAAAUUUUAUUUGUAGUUAUUGAUGGCAUACAGACUUCAUACCAUUAUUUUUAUAUGUGAGAUUCAUGUUGCAUAACAGGUCUUAAAAAGACUGCGAAUAACCGAAUUGUUCAUAACAGCAUUUGUUAGUAGAUUGUACAAUUUUUGUAUUGUAUUAUUAUGUACAAACUUGAAUCUCAGGCAAACCAUGAAAAAAAAAUAGCUUAGGGGCAGGAAAAUGGAUGUUAAUGCAUUUUUAUCAAUUGUGGUACUGAAAAUGAUUUAAAUACAUAAUUAAUUAUUACUAUUAUUGAUUAAUUAAUCAUAUCAAUUAAUCGAUGAAUUGAUUAAUCAUCAUGUUUAGGUUUUCCCACCUGUUUUUGAUUAAUUUUUUUGAUUUAUGGUAUUAAACAAAAGUGGGUCAAAAUGUCAUCUAUGUUUGUAUGUUUAAAAAAUGAAGUUAUAAUGACUUAGAUACUAUUUUUGUACAUAGGUGGCUGUUACUAUGGCAACAUGAUGCCAUUGGUUUGUGCAAUUCAUGUAAAUACAUCAUUACUGUACAUUCAGUUGUGUUUUAUUAUUACUCAUUAUUGGUUAUCAAUAGAUGUUAAUCCUACACUUGUUUUGCUUAGAAAGAAAAGAUCAUUAAAAUGUUUAUUAUUUAUUUAUUAUUAUGAUCUUUUAUUCUAUUUUUGAAUUUGAAUUAUUUUUUAUUAACUCAUUAUCAUGAGAUCAUUAUAAAAAAAGCAGUGAUUUUUGUUUUAUGUUUGUCAUUUUACAACGUAUCAUUAUGGCUUAAAAAGUUUAAUAAAUGCAGUAUGCAGCAGUACACUUUUAGUUUCUUAAAAUCCUGGCAGAAUGCUUCAUCAUAUUUGGACAAAAUUUGUAAUAUGAAUGAUUUUGAUUUCUAACUUAAUAAAUUGAAGAUAGAAUUACACAUCAAAGGCAUUAUCUUAAAUUACAUCAAUUAAGCAUUUGGGAAUAAAAGGGGGUAGGAAAAAGCCAGCAAAUUCUUUUGUUUGUGAUAUCCCAAAGAAAUAAUGCAAAACUGAUCCUUUCUCUAAUUGGAUUGUUAUCCUCAUACAGUUUAAGGCAACAAUUUUAAUUAGGAAUUCUUGAAAAGAAUACUUUUAGAUAUUGAAGUUAUACCAUCUGCUUUUAACUUUCAAUGAUAGAUUAUUUUCUUCACCAAAUAACAGACAAAAAUAAUACCCAAGUCCUAUAUUCUUUUGCGUAGACCCUUAAAUUUGGUGGUAAUGAAUGUUAAGAUUUUUGUAGUACUGCAUUAAAAAAAAGGGUUGGUAAAUCAGUAAAAACUUGAUCUUUUUUUAUCGAAAGUUAAUAACUUAUUUUCUCCUGUAAGUAGAGCUAAGGUUUUACUUUGUUAUAUUAACCAUGUUCAGAUCAUCAAAUUAAUUUUAUUUGACAAAAACAUGUGACAUGCCAAAAUAUGGUCAUGAUGACAUCACAUCAUGACCAUAUAUAGGCACAUCAUGACUAUAUAUGGGCAUGCAACAGUUUCUGUGUCUAAGAGAAUUAGUGUGACAGCUUAACAGAUGAUAUAUCUUUAUAGAAUGACGAAAUUAAAGUUGGAUCCUGUUUCACCAAAUGCAAUAUACAAUGUAUAAUGUCAUCUUGCUGGAAAUAAUGUUUGUACAAGUACUGGAAACUAAUUUUAGUAUGUGCCCUCACAGGAAAUUAGCGAGAAAAAAAUGUAUGCUUAUGUGGUUGAAAAUUACCCUUCAUCACAAGAUAGUUCCUUCCCCCACUUAAUCAUUGAGCCCCUCCACUAUACAUUCAGGUCAACUCCUCCACCAUCCACCUCCCCUCCCCCCUCCCCUUCCCAGGUGAUAUUCAACCACCUGAUGCACGUUGUCAUGGUAACAGCACCCCCUAUUAUUACGUAAUCAUCUAUGAAAUAUUGCAGCUUAUUUGUCUCUUGUUUUUUUUUUUGUUUCUUUUUUAUCACUUUGUGUACAUUAUCUUCAAUUUUGUUGUAAAAAAGAACUUUGUUUUCUGUUAAGUUUAUAUGUUGGACUUGAAUUUGAGCUGUGUUGUAUAUGUGAUAAGAUAGUAUUAAUUUUUUUUUUUUUUGACAUUCUAUUAUAUCACAAUCCAGUUGUUUGUGGGGAAUUAUCCGGAGUCGGAUCUCACAUUACAAUUAAAUAUGCUGAAUUUUAAAACAU